AUGAAGCUCACGCAAUGCGUGCCAUUUCAAAUUUGUGCAAAAAAAUCAAUGGGUUCAUCAACCAGGAUUUUUGAAAAUUUGCAAGCUGAAGCUGCUGAAUCUUUACUUUUUUCAACUCAGGCAUGUCAGAGUUAUUCUCUUCAUUCUAAGAAAUCCACAGUGUGGCUCCAAGCCAGGGCUCAUAAUCCAUUGUUUUUAUGA